AUGUCCCCAAAGUCUCUUCGUCGAAUUGCUUCCCAGCACUCUCGUUUUGAGUCGGAACUGGAGGCUGCCGAAGAGGCGAGGAGGGCUGCGGAUCUUAAAGUGGAGCGUCUCCGGAAACAAAAGAAGCUGUGGUUUGAAAAGAUGAUGCGAGCUGUGUCUCGCGGGAUUGAUGAUUUGGAGGAACUGGAGCGGGUGGAGCGUGAAGAGGCAGAGCAGGAGGAGCGACGACGAUCAACCGAAGUCCUGCCUAAAGUGUCCUUGGAAUCGCUUCUUCCGGAUUCCAAUUUUGUCUGGGAUUCGAUUUUCCCGAUGGGUCCUCUAAAUCCUUCGUUGUUGGAUGAAAUGAAUGUUCUUGCGCAACAUUCCGUUGGUUCGUCUGGUGGUAUGGUUUCGAGUCCUGGUCGGCCCUUAACUUCUGGGAAUGAUCCAACUCCUGAUAAUAUUGGCGGAGCGGUUCCUGGCAAUCCUGGAGGUGGUUAA